ACCUUAUGACGUCGUAAAUGUGAGACCCGAGUCAAAGCGCUACGAACUAUUUCUGCGACCUGAAGUUACCACACGUCCUGCUUUCUGAGGCAGCUAACAUUGAGAAGAUUUCUGAUCGAAUAUGGCUUUUUUUUUUUUUCACUGCAAGUUUUCGCGGCGUACUGUGCUCGUUGUGUAGUAAACUCUGCUUUCCGUUAUAAAGUGACGAGCUGUCAUUUCCUCUAGAUCUGAGAAACAUUCACAUUAGGAGGCUACAGCUCCACAAGUGGGAUGAAACUGGAACUGUCUCGAGUGGUACAGGGAUGUCGCCUGGGACUUUUGACUGGACUGGGGAAAUCAGGGCAGCAUUCACUGGAGGUGCCCGGCUGUCUCCUGUACACUCGCUGCGCAACUGUUCCUCAUCUGACCCAGGACACUUUACACACUUUGAGAGACCUGCCAUCAGUCACUCAGGUGUCAGUGGAUAGCCUUGCAGAGCAUCAUGAGGUUCUUAAGGAAUUCAAAGAGGGUGUCAGAAAGUUUUCAGGUCUUCAUGAUACUGUGCUUUUCUGCUCUCUGCAUGAUUCUGCGAACUCCAGCCCCGCCGGUCACGUCACCAACAAGACAGUGUCGGUGUGGGGCAGUGGUGGAAGGAUAGAGCUGACAGUGGCUCGGUUCAUAGCGAUUCAGGCAGCUAUCCAGCCGGACUGCUAUCAGAGCAUGGCAGACGGAGAGACCUGGCAGGCUGGUACCUCUCGCAAGAGAGUCCGUAAAGCAGUGGACAGGACUCUGGCCCAUCUGGAUGAAUGUCUGGCGUUGCACCAGAAAACUCAGGAAUUAAAAAAGGCAGAGAUAUUUGGAGUUGUGGAGGGUGGAGACAUUUUGGAGGAGAGGCUCCGGUCAGCACGGGAGACUGCCAAGCGUCCUGUGGGCGGAUUUGUCCUGGAUGGAUUUCAUUCUGCUGCCAUGGACCAGGAUGUGAGGGUUCAGUUGAUUAAAGCGACAUCUGCAGAGCUUCCCCAAGAAAAACCCAGGUUGGUGCUGGGGGUUGGCCGUCCUGAUGAGGUCAUCAGCUGUGUUGAAGCAGGAGUCGACCUGUUUGAGAGCUUCUUCCCCUUCCAGGUGACGGAGCGAGGCUGUGCGCUCUCCUUUAACUACACCAUUGAUCCCGACCCUGAGACGGCAGGUACAUCAACCCCUACAGUGUUGGAAUUCAAUGGAGAGAGACCUGCUGUCAAGAAGCUAAACUCAAAUGGAGAUGAAAAUAUGACUCCUUACGAAAUGAACCUCAAAGAUAAAUGGUAUCAAGAUGAUUUCCGCCCACUUGUGGAGGGCUGCAGCUGCUACUGCUGUAAAAAGCAUAUGAGAGCAUAUGUUCAUCAUUUACUGGUGACCAACGAGCUGCUCGGCGGUGUUUUACUCAUGCUACACAACAUGGCGCAUUACCUUGGCUUCUUCAAAGCGCUCCGGGAGGCAAUAACCAGCGACCGUCUGCAGGACUUUAAAAAUAGAGUCCUCCAUUGCAGAGAAGUUGAUUGAAAUGAUUGAAGGACUUGAGGAAAAAAGAA